AUGCUUGUGGAAGCUUAUCACAGCGUCGGGCUAGUGGAACGCUACUACGUCUUUGUGCGACGCGCUUUUGAGAUCGUCACAAAGGAGCUUCUAAAAGCCUUAAGGGAGGACCGGCUUCAAAUGGCUAUCAAAGCUAUCAACGACACAGCUGGACCUAAUGGCCUGGUUCUUACACUCUUCGUUUUUGAGACUUUACCGAGGCUGACGGAGCAAGAUCGACUUGCCGCGUCUACUCAGGAGCGUGCUGCUGCUAUCAAUAAGGCUAUAAGGGAAGUACGAAAAUGCUACGCUGCGAGGCAGGUUAGGGACGCGCUCAAGAGGAGGAAUAGCCCAAUUACGGAGCAUACUCUAGACCUCUUUAUUGGCUUACGGAAGUACGAUCUUAGUAUCUCGAUCGUGCUCGACGAGGAGGAGGGCGAUUCUUACGUUUUAUUUACUAAGGACUCCGAGGUGUUGAUUACCGACAAGGAACGCCGGGACUAUGAGCUCUUAGCUAAGCUACGAGCCGAGGGAAUCAUUAAGAGCCUCGGGGCACUAUUUCAAGAGUCUAAAGCAAAGGAAUUGGCUGGAUUGAUAGCUUAA